AUGCUUGUAAAUUAAUCAACAGGCAGUGAAUCAGCUACUACUUCAGUUUAAAAAUAUUAGGAUUAUGAAGUAAAAUGGUUUAAUAAUUAUAGCAUAUGAAGGUAACGAUAUAGUAGUUGGAAGAAGAGAUUUAAGGAUUAAAGGGUCAAAUAAAAGUAAUAUGAUUUUUGAAAGUAGAUUUGGGAAGAGAAGUAUGAGGAAUAGGAACGAAUCCAUAAUAGAGAAAUUGUGUAGUUGAAAUGCAAUUUGGAUAACUCUAUUUUUGAGGAUUAGCAUUGUGAUGAGAAUGAUCUUUAGGUUAUAUAAGAGGAGACAGAAUUUUAUUAGAAGAGUUUGUAUCAAUCACAAGUCACUCAGGGAAAGAUAGAAACAAAUCAUUUAUUGAAAAUAUUGGAUCAAAUUGAUAUGGAUGAUACAAUUGAUUUAUAAUGUGAUUAGGAGACUUUCGUAGUAUAUAAAGUAACAAAGUUAGUUGAGAUGAUUCAAAAAAUGGAAUUAGAAUUGGAUGAUUGGAAAAGGAAUUAUUGGAUAUUAGAGAAGAAAUUAAAUCAGAUAUUAUUAUAACAAUAAGAUAAGUUACUGAAGUAGGGGUCUGAAGAGAUAGAAAUUGAAUUUGAUUUUGAUAAGAAGAAGAUUAUUACAAAGAAUUAAGAGAGUAAGACUAUUAAACACACAGAUGAUAUUUAGGUAUUGCUUGAUGAAAUUAAACGGCUAAAAUAAUUAAAUGCUGAGUUGAUAUAAUAGUAAAAGUCAAUGAGUAAAUAAAUGCUUUAACAAUUAAUUACUAAAUAAGUGAAAAGUGAUUCAAAAAAUAGAUGUUUAACAUAAGUUAGUGAACCAGGAGUUUAAUAAUAACCAGUCAUAAGAAAUAAUAAUAGUCAACAUUAUAAAUAACUUAAUAAAUCACCUAAUGUUGAACCUCGUAAUCAUUAUUUUAGUCAGUAUUUUCAAGCUUAAUAGCAUCAUCAAUAAUUAAGUAUGAGAAUUCAACCUCAAACUAAUAAUUUGAAUGUCUAUUAAUCUAAUCAUUCAUAUGAAUUACCUAAAACAUCAACUCCUACAAUUUAUGCAACUCCAAUAAUGAUGAAAUAUGCAAAUGGAAGUCCUUUCAAUCAAACAAAUAAAAUAUUACAAUUCUGA